AUGUUUGACCCCGUUGAAAUACUCAGGCAGCCUCUUACUUUUCCAUUUAGCGGACGAACCGCAAAAAAUAGGUUUUUGAAGAGCGCAAUGUCAGAACGCCUGGCCACGUUCUCGACUUUUGAUCCAUGUGGUCGGGGGCAACCAACGAAAGAACUAGUACGACUGUACGAAACCUGGGCAAAAGGAGACAUCGGGAUCAUCAUCACUGGUAACAUACAAAUAAAGAAAGACCAUCUCGAAGCGACAGGUAAUACAAUCAUCGACAGAGACCUCCCCUCGCAUUAUCUCCAGGAGUGGACAGAUGUGGCACGAGCCGCCAAGUCAGAAGGGAGUUUGGUCAUUGGACAACUCAACCAUCCGGGGCGUCAGGUGUCUAUUAACAUACAGCCAUAUCCAGAGGCACCAUCUGACGUUGAGCAACCCUCGACUGGAGGUGUUCUCUUCGGGCGGCCCACGCCUCUGACUAGAGAGGGCAUCAAGGACAUCGUACAUCGUUUUGCAUAUGCAGCCUCCGUCCUGCACAAGGCUGGAUUCGAUGGCGUCCAGCUCCACGUCGCUCACGGCUACCUUCUGUCACAAUUUUUAGCAAGAAGGACAAAUAGGCGAAACGACGAAUAUGGCGGAUCACUCGUCAACAGAGCUCGGAUUCUUCUCGAGAUUAUCGCUGCAAUCAGACAAGCGGUGCAAAAUCUAUCAUUCAUCAUCUCGGUCAAACUCAACUCACAGGAUUCGGUUCCCGAGGGGCUCAGUAUCGAGGAAUCGAUAACAGUCGCCAAACUGCUCGAAAGUGCACGAGUGGACUUCAUUGAAGUCAGUGGGGGGACGUAUGAGCAAACCACCCGCAGCCCUCAGGACAAGCCGUAUACUGUCGAAACCCGAGAAGGGUAUUUCGUCCAAUAUGCAGAGUUCCUCAGACCCCAUCUGAACCUCUCGAAGAUAGUCGUCACGGGCGGAUUUCAGACAGCGCAGGGCAUGGCUGAUGCUGUCUCUCGAGGAGCCGCAGACAUUAUAGGAUUAGCAAGGCCAUUAACCGCGGAACCGCUUCUGGUCAGAGACAUCCUACGAGGGGAGAAGAAGAAAGCCAAAGGAGACAAAUUUCCUGAAAGUCCGAUGCUCCGAUUCGCAGCCUCUGCGGCGCAGAUUGCUGAGAUUGGAAAUGGUCAGGAUAUCACUGACUUCGACAACGCUUUCCACGUUGCAAGAUUCAUCGCCAAAAUGCAGAAGGAAAUUCCUGCUGCCAUAUCGGAAGCACUAUUCUCGCGGCCGUCAUGA